UCACGAUCAGCUGCUCAAGUAGGAAGUAAACAAACCUGGAGCGAGCGGACGAGUGGACGGGAGAAGAGAAGCUGCUGCGGGCCGGCUCUCCAAAUGACGUCUCUGAUUUGCACUCUACAUGACCAUCGGGACGAUGUCAACUGGUGUGCCUUCUCAGCCAAACUGCUGGCCACGUGUUCUGGGGACAAAACUCUCAGGAUAUACAGCACCAGUGACUUCUCAGAGCUGCCCUUCUCACCGCUGUCAGGACAUGGCUACAGCGUCCACUGCUGCUGCUUCAGCCCCUGCGGACAGUUCCUCGCCUCGUGCUCGACCGACUCUACCGCUGUGGUCUGGUCCAUGGUCACCGGAGAGAUCGAGGCCAUCAUGGAGCAUCCGGGUCGCAGCCCUGUGAGGAUCUGUGCGCUCUCUCCUGACUCUGCCCACCUGGUCACUGGUGCAUCUGAUGGGACUCUGGCCCUGUGGGAUUUCCCGUCCAAACAGCUGCGCAGGACCGGAGCCGUGAGCGACACAACAAUGGUGGCCUGCUCCUUCAGCCCCUGCAGUCAGGUGUUCAUGACCGGCUCCACCUACGGAGACCUGCGUCUGUGGGACCUGAGCAUGAACCAACUCCACGCAGAGAAGAACGCCCACGACCUGGGGGUCACCUGCUGCACGUUUGCUCCUGACGUCCUCAGUGGAGGUCAAGUUGUGCAGUUUCGGCUGGCGUCCUGUGGCCAAGACAAUCACCUGAAGAUCUGGGCCAUUAACAAGUUCAGCUCUGGAGCCUGUAAGAUGCAGCUCCUGCACACAUUCACUGGCCAGUCGGCUCCAGUCCUCUCCUGUGCGUACUCCUCAGAUGGGCAGCUGCUUGCGUCUGGCUCUGUGGACAAAACUGUUACAGUCUAUGAUGCAGCGAACGCAGUUUUGCUUUACACGCUGAACCAGCACGAGAGGUACGUGACAGCGUGUUGCUUCUCUCCAACGUCACCACUAAUUGCCACAGGAUCCAUGGAUAAGACUGUAAACAUCUGGAGGCUGGAGGACAGAUGCAGCGGCCACGGAGGGAAGACGCUGCCUGAGGAACCUGCUCUCGCAUCACAUGAAGGGAAAACCUCAGCCGGCCAAUCGAAACUGCUGGUCGCCGAUUGGUCAGAGGGGGAUGUGUCAGAGUGGUUGGUGGAGGAGGGCCUCUCGGGAUUGGUGGACAAAUUCAGGGCCAACAACAUAGAUGGGACAGAGCUGCUCAGUCUCACCAAGGAAACGCUGGCGUCAGAGCUGCUCAUAGAGUCUGUGGGCCUGCGCAGUAAACUCCUGAGGAAGGUGGAGGAACUAAAGAGUCAUUCAGUCUGUUCAGGCAUUCCUGACGAGUUCCUGUGUCCAAUCACCAGAGAGCUGAUGAAGGAGCCGGUCAUUGCUGCUGAUGGCUACUCGUAUGAAAGAGAGGCCAUCGAGAGCUGGAUCAACACCAAGAACCGCUCCAGCCCCAUGACCAACCUCCCUUUACUGACGACUCUGCUCACCCCAAACCACACCCUGAAGAUGGCGAUUGGCCGCUGGAAGACCAGCCAGUGACAUCUGACGGAGCUGCGCCCCAAACCAUUCACUUAGAGCAGAUAUCAUAGACUGUAUUAUAAAGAUGGACGACAUGACGGCUCCCUCAAAGUGAAGCCAGAGUCUCAAUCACCUCCUGGUGGCUGGCUGCAAUGUAGGUCAUAAUCCCUGCCUCCUCCAUGUUAUUGGUUGGAACAUGGGUCAUACUAAAAAGUCAAAAACCAUUUCAAGUGAAUCUUUCUCAAAUAUGGCUUCUAUCAGUUUAGCUAAUUCUGAUAUAUGUUGUGUUCAUUUUUCCAGUAAUUUUGGUUUCGUUAAGUUAUUUGCUGUUUUAAAAACAGGGUGAAAAAUCUUGAUUGACAGCUGAGCCUGACUGAUAGGUCGAGCAUGUGCAUCGUGAUCUCACGACCACGGCUUCAUCCCCCGCAACUUUGCAGACUCUAGCUCCAAAUGACGACAUCAGCACAAGAUGGCAGCGUUUGUUAUCAGGAUGAUUUGGCUUCACUUCUGGAUGGUGGGACUGGAUGUGUCGUCCAUCUUUACUGACAGCUUACAGGGAUUCCACAGCCUUACAGGAGCAGGUGCGUUGAUCCAGUUGAGAUGUCUGCACACUGUGGUGGCAUUCACUCAUCGAGCUGCAUUAAGCAAAUCAUGUUUGAAAACAGGUUUACUAAGCAUUGGCUUUUGCACACGCCACAAUUACUUUAUAUCUAUCACAAUUAUUUUUUUAUUUUUUAUGGAUCUUGGAAGGAAAAUUACAGGGAAUUAAUAUUUAAAGAGACGGGUUUUGUUGCUUUGUUAAAUAUUUAUUUUGGCUUUAGACAAAAUUUCUAAUUUGCCCUUUCAGCUAAAAAUAAAUGAAGAUCCACUUGAGGAAUGAUACAGAAAUUAUUUAUUAAUCCAAAAAAGAUAUUAUUUUUUUGGUGCAGUUUUUAUUAUUCAUGAUUUUUCUGAAUGACUGAAUAACCAAACUGAGUAACUGCAUGAAGCUACAGCGACAGUCAAUCUGCAGUUAGAUCAGCAGGACUAACACAUUCCUUUGUGACGAUAGAAAUAUUGCUUAAUGCAGCUUUAUUUAAAAAAUAAAUAAAUACUGAAAUCACCAUCUGCAGUGACACAAGUAAGAAUAUUUUUUUACAUGGCUUGAACAUUGCAGCACCUCGCUUUAUGCAAAUUCUGUGGGAAUAUUGACUUCAUCAGAGCAGUUUAGUGUUUUCUCCCCUGUGCAAAUAAAAGCAUUUCCGCUGCUUUCAGAAAUAGCAAUGUUCACUUUUCUAUACAAGUAGUUUAUUUUGGUGGUUUGGUUAAAUUGAUCAGUUUAGAGAAGUAAAGUUGUACCAUCAAAGAACAAGAACUUGAGACCAUCCUUACAAACUCUAAAGCUUAGGCAACAUAUUAUUCUUUAUACUGUGAAAGAAGCAGCUGUAGAACUGUUAGAAUAUUUUAUUAUACCACAAUAAUGUUGUGGUAACAUUCUGUCAUCCAUAGUAUGACUGAAAAGGGUAUAUGACAACUAUGGACAUACAGCAAUGUAAAAAGUCUCUUAAGGUUUGUUUUCUUUUUAACCGUCGUAAACGCUGUCCGUUUCCAAAUAAACUGAUAAACACUCCAUAUGAAUAUGGUCUGCUAUGCAAAAAUAAAUAACAUAUACUGGGAAUAUUGAAGCAGUCAAGUCAAUAUUAUAAUAUGAUAAGUUUCCAUCUAUGUCAUGUACACAGUAGUUUUGUUAUCAAAUGUACCAAGAAAAAGAAUCUCGAGUACACAAAGCCUGUAAUGCUGACAGAUAACCACUUACAAGGAAAUAUAUCAUCUGCAAAUAUAAUAUACACCGUACAAAUAUAAAUGUUUUUUAAAAGACACUUGACAAUAGAAAUGGUCAUAUCCUGCAACUAACAGCAUGAGGUUUUGUAUAUUCGUGCACAAAAGCUUUCUUUGACUCCUAUAUUUUACAUAAUAAAUUAAAAGCUGAGACA